AUGGUCUGGAAUGGCACCUCUCAAUCGACACAUGAUAUCUUUUUAAGUGCAACAGCUUGGCUCGUUGAGUUCGGACACGCACAACAAGUGUCUAAACCUGUAGGGAACAAAUCCAGACAGAGAUGGCAACUAGAUCCAGAUGGAAAAUGGAAGUUAAAUGUGGAUGGUAGUUAUCUUCCCAACCAAGUAACUGGUGGCCUUGGAGGUGUUCUCCGAGAUGACAUAGGAAGAUUUAGAGCUGCAUUUGCAACUCCAGUGAACAAUGUUAACACUGCCAAACACACUGAGCUGAUGGCCAUUAAAGAUGGGCUCCAACUGCUUCAGUUUAUGCAAGUUGAUAAUGUGGUGCUCGAGACGGGUUGCUUGGAGGCUACCUAUGAUAUUUCCAAUGCUACUCAUAAUGUGACUGUGCUAGGUGGCUUAAUUGAUGAUAUCAAAACUAUUUUGCUGUCAUUUUGCAGUGUAACAAUUAGUCAUACUCCAAGAACCUGUAAUGGAGUGGCACAUAGGCUUGCUUGUAUUGCAUUUGAGGCUAGGGAAAAUUGUUUCUGCUAUACCAGACCUCCAAACUGCAUUGCAGAUAUGCUGCAGUAUGAUUGUAACCAUUCUGGCUAG